AUGUUCUUCAAUCACAGUCAACCUCUCGAAGAAACUGUUUACGAGAGCUUGUGGGAACGAAGUGUUGAUAUAUUCUCCAAAACCAAUUCCAAAGCAUCUCGAGUUCGCCGUCUUGAGGCGGGUCGAGCUGUAUUGCAAAGAGAAUGCCUUGCAAAUAACUAUGCUAAUCGAUUGGGCCUGCUACUUUUCCGUAUUGAGCUUGAUGAAAUGAUUCUUUCAGUUCCAGAUAAUAAAUGCCGGCAGGGCGUCGGCAAAGCGACAAUAGCCUAUGAAGACUAUGCAAAGGAAGCUGGUGUGAGUGUUGGGUGGGAGAAGGGCUCUGUAGAUGUUGACCUACUGCUUAAGUUCGUGAAAGAUAAAUAUCCUGAACGGGAGGAGACCUUUCACAACCAUGACCGACUAUGCGCAAAGGCUAUCCUCGAUGGGCUUAAAGCUUAUGGAUGGGAGAAUGAUGAGAUUAUUGAGAGCAAGGGAGAAAUGUUGACGGCCGUGAGGGAACUUGUGCCUAGAGCUAAUCCAUUAGGAGACCUCAGCCAUCGUAUAAACUCGCACAGUGACGCUCCAAUGCGAGCUCUCGCUGCUGCUGCGACUCAAUGCGAAAACACAUACCAGUUACAGCCAAUGGAUUCGGUGCGCGCGGCGCCAUUAAACAUCAGCUCCAGUGAUGCCCAGAGCAGGUUGAACCCUGAGGACUGUCAAGCUUAUCAAUCCCCGACUAUCCACACUUUUCCCAACGCCAAUGUCGAAACCUGCUUUGCCUUUUCUUCACCUAGGCAACCUUCAAUUCCCCAUUCUCCGUUUAUCCUACGGACAUUGACCUUGACUCGUGGACUUCUUUUCCUGGACAAUCUUCCGGGGGAUGUUAGCCAACCUUCCAUUAAUCCCGCGAGGGAUUUUGGCCCUAUUCGCAACGACCUUCUGGUCUGCCUGCACCAGCAUCCCAACCCCGCCACACCACGGAUCUACUUCUACUCGUCCGAACAGAUCAGGCUCUUAAGCUCCAAACCCGAGUACUAUAAUGAACGACUCCUUGUGGAAUACAAAUAA